CAAAAGCAUCUUUACUGGCACUGCUUACCCUUAUUUACACCAAAACUAAACUUUUCCCGCCUUCUUCUUUCCCGCACCUCUCUACCAACAUUUUAGGGUUUUGAAAACCAAAAAAUAGAGGGAAAAAAAAGGAAAAAAAAAUCGAAGUUGCCAUGGACCUGACUCAGAUUGCUCAGCUGCUCGACCAAACGCUCAGCCCCGAUGGAAACGUUGUCCGUGCAUCAACCGACGCUCUCGAUGGCCUCUCUUCGCUACCUCAAUUCCCUUUCGCUCUCCUCUCCAUCGCCGCCGGAGGUCAAAGUCAAGGUCAAAGAGUCGCUGCUUCAACUUAUCUUAAAAACUUCGCGAGGCGAAACAUUGAGGUCUGUGAUGGAUCGUCUUCAAAAGUCAGCAAGGAAUUCAAGGCCCAACUGAUGCGAACUUUGCUUCAAGCCGAAGCGCAAGUUCUAAAAGUUCUAGUGGAAGCGGUAUCGAGUUUCUGCAAUUUUUAUACUAUUAUGAUGAUAUUACUAUUUAAUGUUUAAAUUAAUUAUAAUAACAUAUGAAUACCGAUGUCUCCCUCUUGGCAGUUUCGAAUAGUUGUCGUCUCAGAGUUUGUUAAGCAGAAUUCUUGGCUGA